CGCUCGCAGUUGGUUCGCUCCUUUUCCGCCCGGCGCCGGGUUGUGUGCACAUGGCCUGUUAGUGCCGCCAAGCCUGAAGCGUCUUCUCUUUAGGACCCCCAGAGCAGGAAGGGCCCCCCGAACACGUCGUCCGCCACCACGGGGAAGCACGGAGACUCCGAGUACGUACAGAGCGGAGAGAGCAGGGAAUGCACCGGGCGGAUAACGCGCUAGACGGGCCUGAGCUGGACAUGGAGGACGAGGAGGCCACCGAGGAGGAGAUGUCGUUCAGUGACCCGGAGGACUUCGAGGACGAUAUCACGGAGGAGGAAUUACUUGGCGAUAUCCUGAAAGAUCGACCCCAGGAAGCGGACGGCAUUGACUCUGUGGUCGUCGUGGAUAAUGUACCACAAGUUGGACCAGAUCGCUUGGAGAAGCUGAAAAACGUCAUCAAUAAGAUUUUCUCCAAGUUUGGGAAGAUUACUAAUGAAUAUUAUCCAGACGUGGAGGGGACAACCAAAGGAUACAUUUUUCUUGAGUACGCAUUACCAGCCCACGCACAGGACGCCGUGAAGAACGCAGAUGGCUACAAGUUGGACAAGCAGCACACCUUCCGAGUGAACCUCUUCACAGAUUUUGAUAAAUAUAUGGUCAUUUGCGACGAGUGGGAAGUUCCUGAAAAGCAGCCGUUUAAAGACUUUGGUAACCUCCGAUCAUGGCUGGAAGAUGCGGACUGCAGAGAUCAGUUUAGUGUCAUAUUCGAGUCAGGCGACAGGACGACCAUCUUCUGGAAUGACGUGAAGGAGCCAGUUCCAGUGGAAGAGAGAGCUCGAUGGACCGAAACCUACGUGCGCUGGUCUCAAAGAGGCACCUACUUGGCCACUUUCCAUCAGAGAGGUAUUGCCCUUUGGGGUGGCGAGAAAUUCAAGCAGAUCCAGAGGUUUAGCCAUCAAGGAGUUCAACUCAUCGACUUUUCUCCAUGUGAAAGGUAUCUUGUUACAUUUAGCCCCCUUAUGGACACUAAGGACGACCCUCAGGCCAUUAUUAUUUGGGACACACUGACUGGACAGAAGAAGAGAGGCUUCCACUGCGAGAGCUCUGCACACUGGCCAAUCUUUAAGUGGAGCCACGACGGCAAGUUCUUUGCUAGAAUGACCCCAGACACGCUCAGUAUUUAUGAAACUCCUUCUAUGGGAUUGUUGGAUAAGAAGAGUCUAAAGAUUACUGGAAUAAAAGACUUCUCGUGGUCUCCUGGCGGUAACAUCAUAGCAUUCUGGGUGCCAGAAGACAAAGACAUCCCUGCCAGGGUGACUUUAAUGCAGCUGCCAUCCAGACAAGAGAUCCGAGUCAGAAACCUGUUCAAUGUUGUGGACUGCAAGUUGCACUGGCAGAAGAAUGGGGAUUAUCUGUGUGUGAAGGUGGACAGGACUCCUAAAGGCACUCAGGGUGUGGUGACUAAUUUUGAGAUCUUUAGAAUGAGAGAGAAGCAAGUUCCAGUAGAUGUGGUUGAAAUGAAAGAUGGCAUCAUCGCCUUUGCUUGGGAGCCCAAUGGAAGCAAGUUUGCCGUGCUUCAUGGAGAAGUCCCCAGGAUAUCAGUCUCCUUUUAUCAUGUGAAGAACAAUGGAAAAAUUGACUUGAUAAAGACCUAUGACAAGCAGCAAGCUAAUACAAUCUUCUGGAGUCCGCAGGGUCAGUUCUUGGUUCUUGCAGGUUUACGGAGCAUGAAUGGAGCCCUUGCCUUUGUCGACACUUCAGAUUGCACCAUAAUGAACAUUGCAGAGCAUUAUACAGCAUCCGACGUGGAAUGGGACCCAACAGGCCGCUAUGUCGUCACUUCCGUGUCCUGGUGGAGCCACAAAGUUGAUAACGCAUACUGGUUGUGGACGUUCCAAGGCAGACUUCUUCAGAAGAACAGCAAAGACAGAUUCUGCCAGCUCUUGUGGAGACCAAGACCGCCAACUCUGCUAAGUCAGGAUCAGAUCAAGCAAAUCAAGAAAGAUCUGAAGAAGUACUCCAAGAUCUUUGAACAGAAAGAUCGUCUAAGUCAAUCCAAGGCUUCUAAGGAACUGGUUGAGCGCAGGAAAACAAUGAUGGAAGAGUACACGAAAUACAGAGAGAUGGCACAGAAGCUGUAUUUGGAGCAGAAAGCUGCUCGCAUGGAGCUCCGAGGUGGUGUUGAUACUGAUGAGCUGGACAGCAAUGUGGAUGACUGGGAAGAGGAGACCAUUGAAUUCUUUGUCACAGAAGAAAUUAUCCAACUGGAGGAGUAGUCCACUAGCGCUGUGUGUUUUCCUAUCCAGCAUCAACACUUGUCCUCUACCAAAAUACAAAGCUCCAAGGUUCUGUCUUAGUCCUUCUCCUGCGACCGUGAAUGGACAUUACAUCAUUCCUGUCUGAAGUUGUGCCUUUAAUCCUCACUGGAGGAUCUUUCAAAGAGCGCUACUUUUUAAUCUCCUAAUCUCCUGUACCUCCACUUACUCCAUCUCCUGCUCUGCUGCUGGUACGUCAGGAGCCUCUCUGCCUCACCAUGACUUUGCUUCCUGAAGCUCGAUGCACGUGGGUUCAGCUUGUGAAGGGCCUUUUCUACUUCCAUAAUGAAUGGACAGACAGCAGUUCAUACCGGCAGAUGAAUAUUAAAGAUACUCUUGUACUUGGUCCAGGAGUUAGUGUGCUGAACCAGCACUACAGUGGACUGUAUCCUCCUCCAUUCAGAUUGCAACUUUGUGGGAUUAAAGAUCGAAUUUAAAGUAAA